AUGCAUGAGAACACCCUGCAUAAGCAAACGAAUUUUGGAUUAGUUCCUGGAAGCUGGGUUGCGGCUGAGUGUAAGGGGAGAGGAUGGGCGGGGGUCCGUCAUCCCAAGCCAGACCCUCCGAAUGCCGGGGGCUCCUCUCUGACCGGCCUGCCGGCUUGGAGGCGCGUUGGGCGGCUGUUCCAAUUCCGAACGGUGCACUCUUUCAAAAGACGCCACCGGCAGCUCGGGAGCGGGAUGAGCGGCACGCCAAGUGCAGUCGGCUCUGGGAAAGCAGCUAUGGGGUCCGCCCGCAAGAAGAUUUCCAAGCAGCAUGCUACAAAGGAGGAAGCUGUGUUGCUUUACAGGUUCCAAAUCAUUGCCAGAAAGGUGGUUGUCAUGUGUCGAGUCUGCAUGCACCUGCGCACGGCGUCGACCGCCUUCAUGCACGUCUGGGCCACGCUGACGAAGUAUGCCACCAAGACACAGACUGAAGAGGAGCAGAGAGAGGUCAGCAAAGCGGCAUUUGAUCUUCAGUACUUCAAGAUUCAGCAUAACAACCUUUCCAACAGGGAAAUUCAGAUCACCAUGAAAGCGCCUGAGCAGCGAACAACAGAAGAGCUGGAAUUGCUUUUAGUUGUGCUGAGAUCUUUGCUAAGCUUCAGACACUACAGCAAGCCCUACCAGAUUCUGCUGGCAAAAAUAAUGAGAUAUGAACGGUUCAGGAGGAGGAGGGUGAUCAUGAGGAAAGGUGAUCCUGCACACAGUUUCUACUUCAUCUACUCUGGGGGUGUGAGCUUCACAACAGACCAGGACGGGAGCAGUGCGUUUAAGGAGGAACAGCCAGCUGAUAUACGCAAGGGGGCCAGCUUCGGAGAGAUCCCUGUGUUGAAGCGCUUGCGAAGGAACUUCACUGCGGUCUGUGUGGAGGACACAGAGCUGUUGGUUGUGGACCGAGAGGACUUCUUUGCAAACAAGCUCGACCAGGUGUUGGCGGAGGAGGCUCAUCGUCGCUUUAUUUUCUUCAGGUCACUCAGCCUUCUGCAGUCCCUGCCCGACAGUUCCAUUGAGGUCUUGUCCGACCAUUCAACAACUGAAGAGUUCCUCUAUGGCCAGGUUAUUCCACACAAUAUAGACAACCUUAUUUUUGUGAUCAAGGGCCGCUUUGUGAUACUGCGACUGGUGGAUCUCUCUCAGUGUAUUUCCUACCACAGAUUCAUUGACCGGGAGUUUCCCUUCAUCAAAAGCACCCACAAAGGCAUGGAGUCCAUUGCUACUUUUAAGAUUGAUAAAGGAUUGCUGAACUUAACGAGUCGAAGAGCUUCAUUGUAUCGGCAGCAGAAACAACUGCCUAACCUGUCAAAUAAGGGAGACCCUUCUAAGAGCUUUAGACAAUCCCAUCCAGGCAACAAGAAGAAAGAUGGCGAAGAUCCUUGGCUAAGUAAUUCCUCUGUGAUGCAGGAUUCAACACCUUUUGGUUCAACUCCAAAUAUAAUGAUGAAACAGUGGAAUCCUCAAAACAUGGGCAGUCUUGAAGAUACUGCCAUCAGAACCGGAAUGUACAGCCCCUUUGGCUCACGUGCCGUCAGCGUACUUUCCGAAGACAUUCCCUUGACCUCGAGGAAGCUGUCCCGGCAGUUUUCCGCCACUCGCCUUUCACAGCUCCCCAAAGCCCUGGCAGUCGCUGUCUACAUGCAGGUAGAUUCAAUUCUACCGGGAGAUGUCUUUGGCUUGCAUCAAUACUUCAAGCCCAAUAACCUUAAGGACAAGCGGGCCUUCAACAUCAAGAGCGUAGGCACCAAGGUUGUGAGGAUUGACAUGGAGACCUUUGCCAAAAUAGCCGACCACAAAACCCUGCAGAAGGUCAAGAACCUGCAGUCUGUUUACCCCAGCGAUAACAAGCUCUGCGAGCUCUUCAUCAGAAAUAACUUCUGGAAAACCUUUAAGAAGGAGAUGAUUGCCAAGAUCACCAGCACUUCUCGCCGACAUUCAACCGUUGGGAAAGCUCCCUUGUCGGGGCAAGGGGAGGCCAUGUAUGAGAUUGACAAAACUGGCCUUCUGAACCUUCCCGAGAUUGCCACCAAUCCAUAUUCUGUUUUCUCAAAGCCUUCAUAUUACGUGACUCCAGUUCAAAGGGACUUCAAAUUACCAGAGGUAGAUCUCCAGUUAAUACACGGUGUAGAAAAGAUUCCGUCUAAUUUGAAGCACAUAUUGUUCUGAUCAGGUCACUGGUGUCCCGGUUCACUCUUUCAUUUCCUUGCUGCCAUUACUCCUGUCUCGUUUUAUUUUUUUUCCCUCAACACAGUGUUCAUUGUAUGGGGAUUUUUCCCACAAUCUUUGUUCUUUCAUACAUAUGCACCCUAUUUUGUCACAAUUCCAUCAAGAACCUGCUCCUACAAAGGCCCAGUGCUAUUCAAACUUAACGUCGUGAAGAAGCAAUAAGAUCCAAACUACUAAAAUACAAAGCCAUACGAUAAAACCCAGAAAUUUACACUCAUUGUUAUAACCUUCCUGUACCAUUGACCCACCAUUAGGGCCAUAAACACAAAAAAUCAGAGCCAUUUGCACAAGAUUCAAUGAAACAAACUCAACACAAAGAUUGAAUGCCUUAAGGCUGAAUGGUAUGAGAUCCAAUGAUUAUAGAACCCAAUGUCAUAGAACAGUAUCAUGGACUACACUGUAAGACAAAUACCACAGACACAAUCAUAUCCACUCCACUGCUUCCAUUUAAGACCAAAUAAUAUGGACAUAGUGUAAUAAAUAUGCAAAACAAUAAGCCAAAACUCCUUAACUUGCAAUGCCACAAGAUCUAAUCAUAAAGACCCCACACUUGUAAGACUAAGUGCCUUAAGACCCUGUAGUAUGAACCCCAUGCCAUAAAGAUGCAAUGCUCUAAGUCAGUAAGACACAGUCAUAAACACUUCAAAGUGGUACCGAAGACUAUUAGACCUGAUGCCUCAAGAUCCAAUGCAGCUGCCCCCGUGUCAGAUCUUUGAAUCCCAAGCUCACAAGCCCCAGGGCCAUCUAAAGUCAAAGCCAGAACGAUCCACUUCCACACACACAAAAUGGGAUGGUAUCACAAUGUUGUAAAGUCUCAUUGUUAUGUGGACCCAGAGUCAGAAGGGCUCACUGUCACUCCACUGGAAUUAAUCAGAGGGACACUCUUCCUCUUUGUGGUACCAGGAGAAGCUAUUACAAAAAGCCAUACAAAUUUAUCCUCAAACUGAAUAGAAGGGCCUAUCUGGGUUUUGUGUAGAUGCUGGAGCUCGAGCCCAUCCCUGGCUAGAUUUGACCGAGCUUGUCCGAUAACUCCAGAUGAAGAAGUUGACAGUAGGAAUAUCGUAAUGUUGGCGAUGCA